AGAGAAUGAUUUAAUAACUACAUGUAUUUUUUUCUCUGAAAGCAGAAAUGUCUGGCAGUGUGAUAUAAAAUAUUGUAUUGGUUAUUGUUGUUCACAGAUUGGAGCAGAUGAUGAUCCCAAGUCAUUUUUGAUAGAAAUAUCUUGGGUUGAAAAAUAUCCAUAUGCACCUCCAAUAAUCAAUCUGGAUGCAUUUUAUAACAAAAAAAUCAUUCCAGAAGUGAAAAAAACUGUUAUUAACAAACUGUUGGAGGAAGCUGAAGCACAAGUUGGAACUCCUAUGACAUAUACGCUAUUAGAAUGGGCAAAAGAUAAUGCAGAAGAACUUACAAAAUGUCAACCAGAAAAGCUUCUUUCACCAGAAAGUACAUCUUCAUAUGAAGAGAAAACACCCCAAGAUGAAAUGGUUUCAUCAGUUUCCAAAAAAGAAAAGAAGCCCAAGUUGAGCAAACAACAAAAAAGGAGGUUAGCUGAGAAACUGGACUCCAAAGGUGAACGUCCUAGGGGCUGGGACUGGGUGGAUGUUGUUAAACAUCUUAGUCAAAUAGGUUCAAAACAAGCUAUUGCAGAUCUGCCAUCUUAGCACCUACUGGUGAUGCCAAAAUUGUUGUUCUUGUAUAAAUUAAACAUUGCAUCUAAAAUGUCUUACAUUUUUGUCUUUUGAAUGUUAAAAUGUGAUAAUAUGCAUUAAUUUCUUCAAAAUCUUGAUUCAUUGUAAAAAUUUAACUUUAUUGUUUUAAUAUAAAUUAUAUAUUUUUAAUCCUCUAAUAAUAAAUUUCUAAUAUUUGGGAAA